AGUUGCUAGAUGGAAAAUGGAUUCCUUAUUUCACGUCCUGGUUUUUACCUGUCUGGCUUUGCCGAUCUCAGAAGGGUUUCUGAUUAUCCACGUCCAGAAACAGCAGUGUCUUUCAGAAAAGAAAGGAGUCGUUAUGGAGAAGUGCAAUAUGAGCAGCCUCAGCCAGGAGUGGAGGUGGACAGCAGACGACAGGCUCCUCCACGUCCAAUCCGGCCAGUGCCUGAGCAUCUCCACACGCUCUGCCCUGUCGUCCCGCAGCAUCGUCACUAACUGCUCCCAGGCGGUCAGGUGGACCUGCCACGAGGAGGACGGGCUCCUGAAGGUGGCCAACAGCUCGCUCUUCCUCACGAAACAAGGUCAGAAGGUGAUGGCCAAGCAGAGUAAGAAAUACCUUCACUCGUGGAUGCAGCUUGGAGUCAGCGAGACAGGAAAACUUGUCUAUGUAAAUCUGUGCUCCAAGCAAGAUCUUCAAGAUGCAGAAACUUCUGCAUGGAGUACGAUUCCUACAUCCUCCCCUUUUAACGCUAUUACAUCUAGGCCUGGAAGUCUGCUUAGGAGUAGCACGCAGACGCUCAACAGAAAUGUAACUGAGCACUUCAGCAAAAAUGUCACUGACAAUCUCUAUUUUGACUUGAAAUCUGCAGUAACAGAGAAACCCUGGAUUGUGACAACUACUCCUCAAUACUCGAGCACUACGGAGGAGAGUCUGAUCAAGAAAAGCCAGGGCAGAGAAAGGGCAUGGGGAGGCCCAUCCAUAGAGGAAGUUAACUUUGGGCAUUCAGUGUCUCCCCGUCAGCUUCCAGUCUUCUUUCUGGGUGAGCAAGCCUCAGUCAAGAGGUGCAGCAGGUUUGAGGCCCGAUGGAUGCGAAGCCACACGAGGCGCGCCAGGUUUGAGGCGCGAUGGACGCGCGGGCAGGCGGGCUGCGGCGCGCAGCAGAUGCAGCAGACGCAGCAGGCGCAGCAGAUGCAGCAGGCGCAGCAGGUGCACAGCGCAGCGGCCGCGACGCCUCGCAGGGCAGAGCGCCGUGGGCUCCACGCCAGCAUCGUGUCCCGCGCGGGCGGCGCCGCCGCCAGCCUCGCCGUGCGCACAGAUCCCUUACCACCACCUCAGUUUGAAAUUAAUACGGAAAAAACUACACUCACAAGCUUACAGGUUUGGUGGGAUCCUUCACCAGGAAAUGUGGACUUCUAUAAGCUACUAUUAACUGAUCACAAUGGUAAAAAAAUACAAGAAGUUUCCAUACCUGGAAGAAUGUCAAGAAUGGAAAACACUUUUUCUAGUCUCAUCCCUGGAAAUAAAUAUAAUAUCAUCCUCAAUGCAGUUGCUGGAAAUAAGAGUACCCCUGACCUUCAAAUAAGUGGAUUUACUGUACCAUCCCCCGUGGAAAAUAUUCAAGCGAGCGUCAAGACGGACACGAUCCACGUUUCGUGGUCUCCUGGCUCUGGGCACGUGGAUCGAUACAGACUGGUGUUACUCGAUAAUCAUGUCCCUGUUCAUGAGAUUAGCCAAGAAGAUCCUUCAACUUCUUACACAUUUUCUGGACUUACAGCUGGGCACCUGUAUAACCUGUCUGUCACAAGCCAGGCUGCAGGACUGGAAAGCAGCACUUUCCAGACAGUCAGGACAGCCCCAGCUGAAGUCUUAGAUUUGACAGUGACUAACGACGACAGCUUGGAUACUUUAAAAGUGAAGUGGAGAAGACCUCCAGGAAGCCUCAGUUUCUAUAAUAUCACUCUGUCUCAUCUUGGAUCAGUUAAAGAAGUCAAAACUUUACAGCCACCCGUCACAGAGACUCACUUUGACAAGUUAACUCCGGGACGUCUUUAUCAGGUUACUGCCCGCACAGUCAGUGGUGAACUGUUCACUGAUACAGUGGCAACUGGCAGAACACGUAAUGUCCGGGAGCUCCGCGCCGGCGGCGGCGGCUGGCCGCGCUCCCUGCUCCUCAGCUGGCUGCCCCCCACGGGCGACUGGCAGCGGUACCGCCUGCUCCUCUGGAACCUCUCCACGGCCCUGCUCAACACCACCCUGGAGAAGGACGCGCGGGAGUUCCUCAUCCGCGACGUGGGCCUCGUCCCGGGCCGGCAGUACGACGUGGAGCUUGUCGUGGAGAGCGGCCAUCUGCAGAGCUCGGCUCGCUGCACGGGGAGAACAGCUCCAGAGCCUGUUCUCCAGCUCCGUGUCAAGCAUGCCAAUGAGUCCUCGCUGAGUGUCAUGUGGAUGACCCCUGUUGCAGAGUGGGACAGCUACGUCGUUUCGCUGGGAGACAGAGACCUCACUGUCAUAAAAAAGGGGCUUGCAAAAGAAGCUAAGGAGUUCACUUUCACAGACUUGGUACCUGGAAGAAAAUACACAGCUACAGUUACUACCAUUAGUGGGAUUUUAAGCAAUUGGACUUCAGUGGAAGGAAGAACAGUGCCAGCCCAAGUGACUGGUCUGAUGGUGGCAAGUCAGGGAUCGACCAACAGCUUGUUUACCAACUGGACGAGAGCCCUGGGAGAUGUAGACUCCUAUCAAGUACUACUGAUUCAUGAGAAUGUUGUCAUUAAAAAUGAGACAGUUCCCAGUGAAACCACCAGAUACCAUUUCCACUCCCUGAAACCUGGAGGGCUCUACUCAGUUGUUGUUACCACUGUCAGUGGGGGCAUAUCUUCUAGGCAGACAAUUGCAGAAGGGAGGACAGUUCCUUCCAGCGUGACUGGAGUGACGGUGAAUAACUCAGGUCGCAGUGACUACCUCAGUGUCUCUUGGCUGCCGGCCGCUGGGGACGUGGACAGUUACUUGGUGACACUCUCUCACGGUGACCAGGUUGUUCAGACUCUCACCAUUUCCAAAGCCUUCAGCGAAUGCUCCUUCAGCAGCCUCACUCCAGGGACACUGUACAAUGUGAUGAUCACCACCAAGAGUGGGAAGUAUGAGAAUUAUUCCUUCGGCCAGGAACGAACAGUCCCUUCUAGUGUUCAGGGACUUACUGUCAGCAAUUCUGCAAGAAGUGACUACUUAAAGGUGUCCUGGUUACAUGCCUCUGGUGAUUUUGAUAAUUAUGAAGUGAUCAUCAAGAACAACAAUGACUUCAUCCAAACAGAGAGUGUCCCUAAGGAUGAAAAUGAAUGUGUGUUCACUAAUCUGGUGCCAGGGAGGCAGUACAGUGUCACUGUUAGCACACGAAGUGGGAAAUACGAAACUAGUGCAAGGGUCUACGGCAGAACAAUGCCAGAAUCUGUUAAGGAUCUGACUCUAAGUAACAGAAGCACAGAGGAUCUGCAGGUAACCUGGUUAAAGGCUGAAGGUGAUGUUGAUAAAUACGAGAUUCAGCUCCUCUUCAAUGAUAUGAAGAUCUUCCCACCCAUUUUCCUUGGAAACACCGUGGAGGAGUAUUGGUUCACAGCUCUGACUCCUGGGCGUCUGUACAAAAUCCUUGUCUUGACUAUCAGUGGAGAUGCACAACGCGCUACUUUCAUAGAAGGCCUAACAGUCCCGAGCGCGGUGAGAAACGUCCACGUCUCGCACGGCGGCCUGACGAACAGCCUGCGAGUGAGCUGGGCUCCUGGCGGCGGAGACGUCGACUCCUACACAGUGACUGUAUUUCAGCAGAGCCACCAGCUCGAUUCCCAGAGCGUCUCCAAGCACGUCUCGGAGCUGACGUUUCACAAGCUGGAGCCCGGGGAGCAGUACCGCGUGGUGGUGCAGUCCAACAGCGGCACCUUGCACAACAGCGUGGCCGCUUUGGGGAGGACAAUUCCUGCCUCUGUCCAGGAAUUAUUUGCUGAUCAUGGUUAUAGCAGUCAUUCCUUGCUAGUAACGUGGCAGAAAGCUCCUGGUGUAGCUGAAAGAUAUGACAUUCUGCUCUUGAAUGAGCAAGGAAUCCUCCUGAGUAACAAAUCAGAGCCAGCUACUGCCAAACAACACAAAUUUGAAGAUUUGUUACCUGGCAAGAAGUAUAAAAUACAAGUUUUGACAGUCAGUGGCGGGCUCUUCAGUAAACGAGCAGAAACUGUUGGCCGAACAGUGCCAGCAGCUGUCACGAAUCUGAGGGUCACAGAGAGCACCACUGGCCAGCUCUCCUUCAGCUGGACCACGUCGCAGGGCGAGCUCGAUUCCUAUGACAUCUUCCUGUACAACCCAGACAAAUCCCUGCACGACAGGAUCUCCGGCGAGCAGCACCUGCAGCAGUGCUCGUUCCAGAACCUGCGGCAGGGAAGGAUGUACAGGAUGGUGAUUGUCACCCACAGCGGGGAGCUCACAAACGAGUCCUCCAUCUUUGGAAGAACAGUACCAGCCCCAGUUGUUGGUCUGAAGGCCUCCAACAGAAACAUGACAGACAGUUUGUGGUUCACCUGGGAUCCAGCAGCAGGAGAUGUCGAUUUCUACGAGCUGAAUCUUUAUAACCCAAAUGGGACACAGAAGGAAACAUGGCACAGCAAAGAGCUGAAAGAAUGGCAUUUCCAGGGCCUCGUUCCUGGCAGAAAGUACACCCUGGUUGUGGUGACUCACAGCGGUGACCUGACCAAUACAGCAAAUGCCGAAGGGAGAACAGCACCCAGUCCUCCUAACACUGUAUCAUUUACCGAUGUGGCAAACACGUCCUUAUCAAUCACCUGGCUGGGCCCGCCGGAGUGGACAGACUACGACGAUUUUGAGUUGCGGUGGCUCCCAAAAGACGCCCUCACCGUGUUCAAUCCCUACAGCAGCAGCAAGUCCAAGGUCCGCAUCAUGUACGGCCUGCGCCCGGGCAGGCUCUACCAGUUCAGUGUCAGAACUGUCAGCGGUGACACCUGGAAGACCUACAGUCAGUCACUGGCUGCCAGCGUGAGGACGAAACCAGACAAGAUACAGAGUCUUCACUGUCGGCCGCAGACCUCUACUGCCAUUGCAUGUUCUUGGACUCCUCCUGAUUCUGACUUUGAUGGAUACAGUGUAGAAUGCAAAAAAAUGGACACUCAUGAAGUGGAAUUUUCCAAAAGGAUAGACAAAGACAAGUCUCUACUGAAUAUCAUGACCCUCGUACCCCACAAGCGGUACCUGGUGUCCAUCAAGGUGCAUUCUGCAGACAUGACCAGUGAGGUGGUUGAGGACAGCACCAUCACGAUGAUUGACCGUCCCCCUCAGCCAUCUCCCGACAUCCGAGUGAACAAAAAAGAUGUGCUGAUUACCAAAUCCUCCAUUAACUUCACUUUUAACUGCAGCUGGUUUAGUGAUACCAAUGGAGCUGUGAAGUACUUCACCGUAGUGGUCAGAGAGGCUGAUGGCAGUGAAGGAUCAAAGCCUGAUGAGCAGCACCCGUUGCCUUCCUACCUGGACUACAAACACAAUGACUCCAUACGCAUCUACCAGACAAAUUAUUUUGCCAGUAGAUGCGCUGAAAGCCCUGACGGUGGCUAUAAAAGCUUUGAUAUUAAGCUUGGAGCAGAAAUGGAAAAUCUGGGAGGAAAAUGUGAUCCAGAUCAGCAAAAGUUCUGCGAUGGACCCCUGAAGCCUCGUACUGCAUAUAGGAUCAGCAUACGGGCUUUCACCCAGCUCUUCAGUGAAGACCCAAAGGAGCUCCCUACACCACUCUUUGCAGACACCUUUUUCUCUUUACCAAUCACUACAGAGUCAGAGCCACUCUUUGGUGUUAUUGAAGGUGUGAGUGCUGGCUUGUUUCUCAUUGUGAUGUUGGUGGCUGUUACUGCUUUAUUUGUCUGCAGGCAAAAAGUUGGCAAUGGCCAUGAGAGACCUACAGCAAGGCUGAGCAUCCGUGGGGACAGGCCACUCGCAGUUCAUCUGAACCUGGGGCAAAAAGGGAACCGGAAAACUUCCAGUCCAAUCAAAGUCGGUCAGUUUGAAGCAUACUUUACCAAACUGCAAGCAGACUCCAAUUACCUCCUGUCCAAGGAGUACGAGGACUUAAAAGAUGUGGGUCGAAACCAGUCAUGUGACAUAGCACUUCUGCCAGAGAACAGAGGGAAAAAUCGAUACAAUAAUAUAUUACCCUAUGAUGCAUCAAGAGUGAAGCUUUCCAAUGUGGACGAUGACCCUUGCUCAGACUACAUUAAUGCAAGCUACAUACCAGGCAAUAAUUUCCGCAGGGAAUACAUAGCAACUCAGGGCCCUUUGCCUGGCACCAAGGAUGAGUUCUGGAAGAUGGCAUGGGAACAAAACGUUCACAAUAUUGUCAUGGUCACCCAGUGUGUUGAGAAGGGCCGGGUGAAGUGUGAUCACUACUGGCCCCUUGACCAGGAUUCCUUGUAUUAUGGAGACCUGAUUGUAGAGAUGCUAUCCGAGUCAGUGCUCCCAGAGUGGACAAUACGAGAGUUUAAAAUCUGCAGUGAAGAGCAGCUCAACUCAACGAGGCUCAUUCGUCACUUCCACUACACUGUGUGGCCAGAUCAUGGUGUGCCAGAGACCACCCAGUCUCUGAUCCAGUUUGUCAGAACCGUAAGGGAUUACAUCAACAGGACUCCGAACGCGGGACCGAGCAUCGUGCACUGCAGUGCUGGCGUUGGGAGGACUGGCACAUUCAUUGCCCUGGACCGAAUUCUGCAGCAGCUGGAUUCCAAGGACACAGUUGACAUUUAUGCAGCAGUGCAUGACUUGAGGCUUCAUCGGGUUCACAUGGUCCAGACAGAGUGUCAGUAUGUGUAUUUACAUCAGUGCGUGCGAGAUGUGUUAAGAGCCAGAAAAAUACGUGGUGAACAAGAAAAUCCCUUGUUUCCAAUAUAUGAAAAUGUGAAUCCAGAUUAUCACAGAGAUGCUGUUUAUUCGAGGCACUAAGAAUGUUACAGACAAUUACUUUUGUGACCACGUUUGCUAACUAGCGAUUUUGUUUGUUUCUUUUUUAUAUAUGUAUUUCAUGCACUAGAAAGGUGCCAGACCUUUCUGUUGAGACUGUGUAUAAUUUAUUGGUCUGGUGAUUGUUUUUAAAGAUAUAUAAUUUAAGUGUAAUGGAUAUUAAUGUAUAUAAUUGUAUUUUGGCAUUAUGUAAAUAUGUAUUUUUUUCUAUAGUGUUUAUAUUAAUAUUAAGCCUCAGAUAAUGCUAUUAUUUUCUUAUCACAGUUUUUUAUAAACUGUUCUACAUAAACUAUUUUGAAUUGUAUGGCUAACAGGACAGCUGA